UUUAAUAGUGAGUGAGACCAACCGGCCGCAACAGUGAAAUGAUGACAAAAUUCUUUUGUGUAACUUUAUUAUCAUCCUUCAUCAUGGUACAGCUGAUCGUUACCAGCUCAGCUGUACCUGUGCAAAUCGAGGAGGCACAAGCAGUAAUCAGCACAGGCGUUAAUGAACUCCCCGCUGAUAGUAAACUCGAUUUAGCCGCACGCCAUAAAGUGUUGUUGGAAUUUGAAAAGCAUUUUGCGCAAUUUUCUUGUGAGGCGAUUAAAGUUAUUUUAGUUGACUUGAAAGCUGCGCCAGAGCAUAUUGUUGCGCAUGACGACAAAAUCACUGCUUUGAAGAACGCUUUGGACAAAAUUAAGAAAAUAAACUUAAUCAAUGAGCCGUUAGAUCCGCUUGAAGUACGCGCCGCGACCAACAUAAUCGGCGAAUUAAUUUCUCAAACAAAUAUUAACUUAGUAAGCGCUGUGAAGGAGCAUGGGCAGCUGGCAUUUGAGUUGCAAAGAUUUAAUUUUUUCCUUGGCGAGGCCUUUGAUGAUCUCAUUGCAACACUGACGCCAGAGGAGCGGGAGUUGGACGCUGGCUUGGUGAGUCUGCAUAAGCAAUACAACGAAAGUGACAAUGAUGAAAAAUGGCAAUUUUGGAUUAAACUGUGGAAUUAUUUUGAGUAAUAAAACUGCUAUAAGUAGCAGGGAGUUUGAUAGUUUUUAAGCUCAAUGUAUACAUAUAUUAAUUCAUAAUAAAAGUGGGUUGGU